AUGAAACUUGCAACAACGGCCCAAGCGAUCUUCCUAGCGGUUCUUCUCCUGUCAUCGCCCGCCUGGGCAGGCUACUCAUGCGCCCACUGUGGGGGUUCAGAGAGUGAUUUAUCGGUGCGCCACCCCUUCGACGAAUGGGACACAUGCGGCUUCGACAUUGGCAACAAGAACUUCUGCCCACGCCCAUGCCGCAAGAUGCACACGUACUGUAAACCAUGCCAAAAUUGGACCGGCCGGAACGUCAAAGAUGCAGCCCUCGAAUGUAAACAUUAUCCACAUUAUUACAGGAUCGAUAUUGAAACUAAAACCAGGCAAGCGCCCCUCUUCCCAAAAAGAGCGCAAGGCAGGCCGCCUAAAGGCGAAACCGACGCAGGGAAGCGCAGAAGAAGAGGCGGGCCUGUACAACAACCGGCCAAUGAAGGAGACGCUCCAACCCCAGCAGCGGACGGAUCUACCUCAUAUGUAGGCAGGCCGCGUAAAGGCGAAACCGACGCAGGAAAGCGCAGAAGAAGAGGCGGGCCUGUACAACAACCGGCCAAUGAAGGAGACGCUCCAACCCCAGCAGCGGACGAAUCUACCUCAUAUGAAGGCAGGCCGCGUAAAGGCGAAACCGACGCAGGAAACCGCAGAAGAAGAGGCGGGCCUGUACAACAACCGACCAAUGAAGAAGACGCGUCAACCUCAGCAGCGGACGAAUCAACCUCAUAUGCUCCUGGGGUAUACUUUGAAUUCUUGUAA